AUGACAGUUUAUGAUGCAGAGCUAGGAGCUCCAGCUAGACCUGAGCAUCCAGAGAUUUCACAGCCAGAGCAUCCAAAUGAGCCACAACCAAUUGAGUUACCUGUGGACAUGAGAGCACCUGCCCUUGCAAUGCCCUCUACAGGACCUAUGCUUGAGGUUGCACCUUCUGCUCCUCUUACCACACCAAGGACUCCGCCAGUUGCACCAGCUACAUCCGAGCCUCCUCAUCCAUCUGAGUUGAGAGCUAAAACUUCCUCUCCAUCCAGCCGAAAGCCAGCGCCGCGUGAAGCGCCUGUUCAAGCAUCACCCUCUGAGCCUCCGCGGCCAGAAGUUGUUUCACCUCCUGUGAAGGCCACGCCAAAGAAACGCCAGGCCAAGCCGACAUUGCAAACGCCUUCGGCGAGGCGUUAUCUUACCAGGUCAGGGGGCCGUCCCCUGCAAAAACGAGCUAGAGUGGAAAGCUUGGAACCCAUCGAUUUGACAGGGCAAUCCCCUGUUCCAUCUCCAGAGCCAUCUCCGACACCGCAGGCGAAGCCUCAAGCAAGCCAGCCGCCGCCUUCUGAGCCCCAAAUUCAGUCUGAAACAGCUCCUGAAGUGAUACUCAGGCGUCCAAUGCUCACUCAGCCACCAAUUGAAGGCAAUUUGGAUUGCCGAGCUCGACCAUUUCACUCCGAGUUGUACUUUGACAAGCCGCCUUCCAAUUGCGGUCGGAGCUUGAAGGGUCAUUCCAAUUGCUGCGAAGAUAUCGAAUGGAGCAGCUGCUGA